CCGCGGACGUGCUUGGAAGUAGGUAAACAGAACAAAGCCUCUGUUUAGGAGAAGAAGAAGAUUGCAACUACGGAUUAUGGCCGACUUUGUAAGAGAGGACGAAGAUGAUUUUUUCGGGACUGACGAAGAUCCACAACCUUACCUAUUUGAACCAGAAUAUACAGAGGAGGAACUACAUGUUUUGGAAGCUGAGCGUGCACGAAGAGAAGCUGAGACAGUCGAACAGCCUGGGGCCGAGGAGAGAGUCAGAAUCGGCAUGGACUGGUGGUGUAGAUGUGGGGCUUGUCAACCUAUGCCGACAGAAAACGAGUGCUUCUGCUGUACUGAGUGGGAGUUGGUGCUGCCAUCGAUGGGGAGGCUUGAUAUAUCUGGCGAAGAGGACAGUACACAAAGAGAUUGUGUCACAACGAAUGAUGCUUUUCCAGCUUUAGUAAAUCCUGCAGUUGUUGAAACUUUUUUCCAUCUACCCAAAAUAAACUGGAAAAAACGCCCCAGGCCGUCUGGACCUAACGGACAGUUGUCCGUAGAACAAUACAGGUUGGUGUCCUACCGCAUUGUUUUGGAGUGGGCCCUGAAGGGAGAAACGCUGGGGAAAGGCAAUCGUAAACCUUUGCCAUCGUGUGUCGUCAGUGCUAUUCGUAGAAGAUAUCCCUCACCAACGGGAACAUACCAAGGAUUCCAAGAGGCACAGGAUGUUGACCUGGCUGUACACACGGAGUCUGUACUAUCCUACAUCAAGUUCUGUAUGAAGAAUGUCAUGGUGGACAAACGCAUCCAGGUGUUCCCCAACCAGAAGCCCUGA